AUGAAGUAUCUUGAGGCAGAGUCUACCACAGACAUCAUAGGGGACAUUCUGGAAAUAAAAGAAAGCAUUGCAGGGCUGUCUAUUCUGCUGGAAACAUACUCCCUGAAAAUGACAAGGAAGGAAAGGAAGAAAAGCCGAUCAGGAAAAUACAAAAGCAUGUCAUCAAUGGUCACAGAUGCUCUAAAUUUGCUAUUUUUUGGAUAUGAAAUAAAGGUAACGUUUCGCGAUAUAAAGAUUGUCUCGGAAGAAGAGUGCAGGUCAGAUCUUACAAAUAAACUGUUUACUAUUGGAAUCACUAAAAACUACCAGGAGAUGAGCGGGUGGGUUGACAGCGUGUUUGGCGUGAUUAGAAAGUGUGCGGGAGAGGACGCCAAAAUAAUCCGAGUGUGCAUUAAAACAGGCCCCUUCGAGAAGUGCCACUGGAGUGAGUGCAUAGUGGCAUACGGGAAAGAGCUGAAGAGAGUUUCUCUGUUUGUGGUGCUAUACGCAAGCCAGCUAAACUCACCCAUCAUGUAA